AUGCCGCUGCAUUGCUCUACUGGGAUACCUGGAUACCACAGCUCGUUUGAGCCGUGGUCACCCUCUACAUUGGCUACUGGACUUUCUCGGCCUCGACUUUUCGCCCAGCUCAAAUACCGGGUCUUCAGCCUGCGCCGUCCUGGCACAUCUAGCUACUGCAACAUUUAUUUUGUUCCCGACCGUCCCUUAAAUGGUUAUGGACAGUCCCCGGGGAGUAAACAGGCUGAAUCAAUUGGCCACAGACCCUUUGGCUACAUUCAGCGUCUUACUUGGGCUCAACUCCAGCGUGGCGGUCUAUCCUGGCGCCAAACCUGGACAUUCCUCCAUCCUGCCAAGUAG